CAGGAGGGAGUCCAGAAGCCAAGGUUGCCACAGUGUCUCGGCCAGCCUCACCAUGAACCUGGAGCCACCCAAGUCCGAUUUCCGGUCAGCCACCAGGGUGUUUGGAGGACCUGUCACCCCAAGGAAAGGGCCCCCCAAAUUUAAGCAGCGACAAACCAGGCAGUUCAAGAGCAAGCCCCCCAAGAAAGGCGUCCAAGGGUUUGGGGACGACAUUCCUGGAAUGGAAGGCCUGGGAACAGACAUCACUGUCAUCUGCCCUUGGGAGGCCUUCAACCACCUGGAGCUGCACGAGCUGGCCCAAUAUGGCAUCAUCUAGCGCCAUACAUUGCCCAAGGUCCCAAGACCCUCCCUGCUACUACUUGCUGCACUUUGAACCCUGCUCAGGAUUCCUGCAGAAGAGACCUCCCCACAGCCCAGAUCACACCUAGAUACCAGGGUGGGGCAUUGACCUCAGGCCUCUCCAGACACCAGUCCCAAGAGCCCACCACCUUCUACCAGGAUGCCCCCUUGGGGGCUGGCCAGGCCCUGCUCAA